CUGCUUAGAAGGCUUGAAAAGAUGACAAAAAAGUGAGGGAAAAAAACAUAAAGGACAAGAGACAGCAAGUCUGGAUUUAGUCUUUGCCUGCUUGUCUUGAUUGACCCCUGGAUUGAUGAACUAACUAUCAAGGACAAGAAGGAGAGCCACCAUAAUUUAUAAUUUCUAUUAGUUUGUUUCUCUCAUUAAUAAAGCAUAUAAACUUGAGGAGGAAUUAGGAAAUAGGAUGGUGAGUGGUGACCCCAGUUUUCGCGUUCUUUGCUGUAUCCCACUUUUAUAUAGUUGAUAGCUCAUAGCAAUAGUUAUUUUCAGAUACACUAACUAUCUCGAAAAACAGUGCUAAUCCAAGGAUUGAGGAGAUAGAUAUAUUGAAGUGAAGAAAGAAAGAAAGGAACGUAGAAAGAUUGAAACUUUACAAGGGAGAUGGGGUUGAAUCACUGUUGUAGAAUUGUGUUCUUCUUCUUUCUCUUGAUGGGUCUCUUUGCUUCUCCUUCUUUUGCUUCUACUUUCAUUUCAGAUGGUGUUUUUGAAUCUCAUGCUUCUACUGGCAGGAAUCUUCUUCAGACUAAGAAAGCUUGCCCUGUAAACUUUGAGUUUCUGAACUACACAAUCAUCACAAGCCAAUGUAAAGGACCUCAGUAUCCUCCCAGUCGCUGUUGUGGAUCAUUUAAGGAGUUUGCCUGUCCUUACGCAGAUUUGAUUAAUGACUUGACCAAUGAAUGUGCAUCAAUCAUGUUCAGCUACAUUAACCUCAAUGGGAAAUAUCCUCCUGGUCUUUUUGCCAAUGAAUGCAAGGAUGGGAAGCUGGGACUUGAAUGCCCUGCACUACCGCCAUCAGAACUGGCCAGUGACAAAAAUGGGAGUCAGAUUAUGCAUGGUCCACCCUUGCUGCUGAUUCUUUUAGCUGGUUUCAUAGUGGUGUUAUUUUAAUUAUUUUGAAGGCCUUAAAAUGUUUUUUAUCAUUCUUUUUUCCCCGCAAUAAUUUCUUUUAACCUUGGGAGAGAGAAAAUUCUCAUUCCAUUCUGUAGAUGCUACAUCUAAAACUGUUUAUUUAGGCAUACUGGAAAAAAGAAUUAAAAUAUGUAUUCUUCCCCUUAAAAAUACUUAAAUCUAUAAAUUCAAGGUUUCCUCCAA